AUGGACGGUGAAUUUGACUUGAAGAGGGACGUUGACUUUAUCGAAUUCGCAGUGACCAGGGCUCGCAUUCUCCAAGAUUACAUGAAAACAGCCGGAACAAGCUCAUCCUCAGUGCCCUUCUCCGUCCUCGGUCUUUUUGAUCGCCAAGACUAUUACUUGUCCCUUGACCGUGAAAAAUAUGCGGAGUCGAAACCAGUCUUUAUUUUCUGUGGUUUGAUGUAUGAUGCCUUUACCGUCAUUAGCAAGAAAGACGAGCAAAUCUAG